UACAAGAUAAUAAAUAUUAUUACCUGACAGUGAGAGAAGGCGGAAAGAUAUACUAUUCGUCUAUGGUGAGAAUACUAAGUUUAAAAAAAAAUCUUUUAUCACGAUAAACGUGAAUAUAAUUUUACGAAUAAAUAACAACGAUGACUAUAUGAGACAACGAAAAACAUUACCUGACCAAUGAGAGAGUACGGAUAGAUAUACGAUGACUAUAUGAGACAACGAAAAACAUUACCUGACAAUGAGAGAAUACGGAAAGAUAUACUAUUCAUCAAUGGUGGGAUUACUGAACGCACUGACAGAAGCCGGUUAUCCGAUAUCGAUACAUGAUCUUUCUGACAGAGACGGUAUUAAAUCGUCGUACAGAGACGAUGGCGUAAUAAUAACCCAUGCGUCUGAAGAAGCUCUCUGUUUAACGUUAUACUGUGCACUGGGAUUAUUGAUGGAAAAGGGAAUAACCGUAAAUUUGAAGAGAUCAAAUGCUGCAGAAUAUCUGUUACAUUUCCCUACAGUGAAAGUCGAAGUCAGACCAAAUUGUGAAACCAAUACCAUCGUGAGAGGGAGAAUACAAAGAAACGACGAUCGCGUCGCUAUUGGCGAAGAACCUGUAAAUACUAGCGAUAUCUAUAACGGCGGAAAGGCGUAUGUGUAUCAAAAUAAAGCGCUAUAUUCUCACAGCAGCGGUCAUCUGAAAACUGUUAUCAUCGAAAGUAAAGGACGAGGACACACAGCGAACGAUACUCUUUCAACUGUCUUAUAUAUAGAUUCCUAUGACAGGAGUCGGUUACCUGAUAUCAUCGAGGACAUUGCGAAAUAUCCUUUGAAGUUUUUCAGAGCUAUAAUAUUGAGAGGUAAACUACUCUAAUUGCAAUAAUGUAUGACUAUAUUGAUUAUAAGCUCCUAUUUUUUGGGGAAGAUGUUAUUCACCGCAUACUGCAGAUACGGAAUCAAGCGUUAUUUGUCAUUAACGGUAUAAAAAAAGUACAGGAGCAUGACAAUUUGCUAUUUUCAAAAGAGAAGAUAUAUACCGUGAACAAUGUUAUGGAACUGGCAUCGUGUACUGCAAGUGACGACGAUGCUGAUGCUGAUACAAACAAUCCUAUACUUAUGGACAUAAUUGGUGUUUUAAUAUACGGUAUUUUGAAUGAAGGCUGGAGUGAAUCUACCAUGAGGUGUAUAGAGAACGAAUUGGUAGACAAGUGUCUUGUUCACAAAUAUAUUACGGAGGAAGAAUACAGAUACUGUAGGAAAAAAUACAACAAUAGUGACAACGAUAAGAGUAAGAAUGAUAAUAUUCCGUAUAUAAUAGAUUUCUUGUGGAAUAUGUGUUAUUUUAAUAAGUUAUAUCGCGACAGAUAUCUGAAUAAAAAUAUGACUUUAAGGCUGAUUGAAAAGAGUACAUCAUCGAUGUCUAGAAAUGCCUUGAUUAAACACGACUUAUCCUUUUUUCACUUACCGACCGCAGCCGGAAUUGCGAUUUAUGAAUAUCUCACACACAGAGAUACAAAUUUAAGAUUAGUAAAAGAAGCAGCAAAGACGCUAGUAGCUGAAGAGAAAUAUCUUCGAUAUUCAAGAAAUAUAAGAAAUACCAUAGAAGACGAUACAACAAACAAGAAGAAAAAUAUUCGUCUGGCUUAUGUUAACAAGAGAAGUAAAACGAGUUGUGCACUACUGUUAUGCAAAUCUGCAUCUAAAAUCAAUUACUCUAAGAAGGAUACAAAGAGUAAAUUGUUCAACCUACAGUGGCUAUUCAAUGUAACUGACAUACAAAACCAAAAGUUCAAGAAAUGUCUGGGUGUCAUAUACGACAGCAUAGAUGUAGGCGAUAUGCUACCCAACACUAGUUUAAGCCAGAAGAGCAAACCACUCGACUGGUACUAUCGAUUUAUGAAUACUGGUAUUGUCCCCUUCGAUCAACAUAACGGGUGUUCGGAGUUUAGACAAUAUCACCGUGAGGAAGGAAAUGAAGAGAA